GGAGACGCGGCGUUGGCUUCGUCGGUCGAUUGAGCGGGUCUGAGCGAAGUUCUCAGAGGGCUGCGCGCGCCGCCUGCUGCGCGGCACUGUCAUGGCGGGCGUACUGAAGAAGACCACUGGGCUGGUGGGAUUGGCGGUGUGCGACACUCCACACGAUAGACUCAGAAUAUUGUACACAAAGAUUCUUGAUAUUCUUGAUCAAAUUCCUAAAAAUGCAGCAUACAGGAAAUACACAGAGCAGAUUACAAAUGAGAAGCUGGCUAUGGUUAGAGCGGAACCAGAUGUUAAAAAACUAGAAGAUCAACUUCAGGGUGGCCAACUAGAAGAAGUGAUUCUUCAGGCUGAGAAAGAACUAAGUCUGGCAAGAAAAAUGUUGCAGUGGAAACCAUGGGAGCCGCUUGUAGAAGAGCCUCCUGCCAACCAGUGGAAAUGGCCGAUCUAAUCAUAACUGCAUGUCUCUUAUGGGUUGAUGAGAAACAGAUGAAAUUCAGUGUUUUUUGUUUAAAAUGUGUCCUAUUACUGACAUCUUAUACAAGAAGGCUAAUAAAUGAGAAAGGUAUUGUGAGA